GAACUGCAAUACUGCGAUGAAGAAGAGGAGAAAGGUUGCUGCACAUUUCGACGGGAGGAUCCGCCUAGGCUACCACAAAGACUCCACAGAGGAACAUGCUGCUCUGCAGUGCGGACCAGUGACCUACGCUCAGGCUGCAGAAAGACCCAGCCCCGAAGAAGCUCUCCAGCGUUACCAGCAACUUCCUCCCUCCCCGGGCCAGAGGAAGCUUUUGAGUUCCUUGCAGUAUAAUAAGAAUCUGCUCAAGUACCUGAACGAUGACAGGCAGAAGCAGCCGUCUUUCUGCGAUUUGCUCAUCGUAGUGGAAGGGAAGGAGUUCAGUGCGCACAAAGUCGUCGUCGCCGUCGGUAGCAGCUACUUCCACGCGUGUUUGAGCAAAAACCCGAGCACUCAUGUAGUCACCCUGGACCACGUAACACACUCAGUGUUUCAGCACUUGCUAGAGUUCCUUUACACGUCGGAGCUGUUUGUGUACAAGUACGAAAUACCCCUUGUUCUGGAGGCCGCAAAAUUUUUGGACAUUAUAGACGCGGUGAAGCUGCUGAAUAAUGAAGACGCUGCUGCUUUUCAGGCCGAGCUAACCGAGAAGUCAUCUCCAGAAGGAACACUAAAUGAGUUCACCGGGAGACUAUCCAGCAGCCACCAGUGCAAAUUCUGUAGUAGACACUUCUGCUAUAAAAAGUCCUUAGAGAACCACUUAGCUAAAACGCACAGGUCCCUGUUCCUGGGGAAGAAACAUGGGUUAAAAAUGCUGGAGAGAAGUUUUUCCGCACGGAGGUCAAAGAGGAGUAGGAAGUGCCCCGUGGUCAAGUUUGAGGACACCAGUGAUGAUGAGCAGGAGAGUGGGGGCGGGUCAGACAGCCUGAACCGGGAAAGCCUUGAUAAGGAGAAGGCGGACAGGAACGAUUCCGAGGACCCUGGGAGUGAAUACAACCCUGAAGAUGAUGACCUAGAGGAGGGGGCGACAGAGGAAGACUCUGACACGGAACAGAGUGGAAAAGAUAACGACGCAGAACAGGAACCUGAGGCCGGAGACUCUGCGGGAAGCGGCCUGGAAGGGUUGGCUCCUGUCAUCAUCCAGAACAGUAACAGGAAAAUACUGCAGUGCCCCAAAUGUGAUAAAACCUUUGACCGGAUAGGGAAAUAUGAGAGCCACACCCGUGUGCACACAGGUGAGAAGCCUUUUGAGUGUGAUGUUUGUCACCAGCGUUACUCGACCAAGUCUAACUUAACUGUUCACAGAAAGAAGCACAGCACCGACGCAGAGCCCCACAAGAAGGAGCACAAGUGUCCUUACUGCAGUAAGCUUCACGCCAGCAAGAAGACGCUCGCCAAGCACGCCAAGAGAUUUCAUCCUGAAAAUGCACAAGAAUUUAUUUCCAUCAAGAAGACUAAAAGCGAAAGUUGGAAAUGUGAUAUUUGUAAGAAAUCUUUUACUCGAAGACCACACUUGGAGGAGCACAUGAUUCUGCAUUCGCAAGAUAAACCUUUCAAGUGUACCUAUUGCGAAGAGCAUUUCAAAUCCCGGUUUGCACGGUUAAAGCAUCAGGAGAAGUUCCAUCUGGGUCCCUUUCCAUGUGACAUAUGUGGUCGCCAGUUCAAUGACACUGGGAACUUGAAACGUCACAUAGAAUGUACUCAUGGAGGAAAAAGAAAGUGGACUUGCUUCAUUUGUGGGAAGUCCGUACGAGAAAGAACUACCUUGAAAGAACACCUGCGAAUACACAGUGGAGAAAAGCCUCAUCUCUGCAGUAUCUGCGGGCAAAGUUUCCGUCAUGGAAGCUCAUACAGGCUGCACUUAAGAGUACAUCAUGAUGAUAAAAGAUACGAGUGUGAUGAAUGCGGAAAAACAUUUAUUCGCCAUGACCACCUGACAAAGCACAAAAAAAUACACUCAGGUGAGAAGGCUCAUCAGUGUGACGAGUGUGGGAAGUGUUUUGGCCGGAGGGAUCACCUCACGGUUCACUACAAGAGCGUUCAUCUGGGAGAGAAGGUGUGGCAAAAAUAUAAAGCAACAUUUCAUCAAUGUGAUGUUUGUAAGAAGAUUUUUAAAGGAAAAUCAAGUCUGGAAAUGCAUUUUCGGACACAUUCAGGUGAAAAACCAUAUAAGUGUCAAAUUUGCAACCAGUCUUUUAGAAUUAAGAAAACUUUGACAAAACACCUGGUUAUUCACUCUGAUGCCCGACCUUUCAACUGUCAACACUGCAAUGCAACAUUUAAGCGGAAAGACAAGCUGAAAUACCACAUUGAUCAUGUUCAUGGGAUAAAAUCUCCUGAUGAUUCUCUCAGUACUUCCGAGGAAAAACUGGCCUCUUUGCCAACUAUAGAGUACUCGUCUGAUGAUAAGAUCUUUCAGGCAGAAACGAAACAGUAUCUGGACCAGCCCAAAGUUUAUCAUCAGCCGGAAGCCAAGACUCUGCUACAGAAUGUGUCUGCAGAAGUAUGUGUUCCAGUAACAUUGGUUCCAGUUCAGAUGCCUGACACAUCCAGCGAUCUGGUGCCUCACACCACCACACUAACCCCGUCAUCCCAUGAGAUGCUGCCGCCACAGCCUCAGCCCACUGAUUACCCAAGGGCAGCGGAUUUAGCUUUUCUGGAGAAAUACACUCUCACUCCUCAGCCUGCAAACAUUGUUCACCCAGUGCGACCUGAGCAGAUGCUAGAUCCUAGAGAGCCAUCUUACCUCGGAACAUUAUUGGGCCUUGAUAGCACAACUACUGUCCAGAAUAUGUCCAGCAGUGAGCAUCGCUCAUGAGUAAACAUUCCAUAGACCUUUUGAUGCUUGUAUGCUGACAGCCUGAAGCUACUUACUGGCUUUUCAAUUAGUAGGGCUGCUAUUUUUUUCUUUCCCCAUUUUUUUUUUUUUUUCUUCUAAUUUCUCAAGUCUUCAAAACAGCCUCAAAUCAAGUAAAGUUUAUUUCUAUUGAGUGAAUACUUGGACACAUUUUUGACAUAAUAUUUGAAGUAUGAUUUUUUUAAAAAAGAUUAUUUAGUACUAAUUUUGAAUGGAUUAUAAAAUUUCAGAUUAGUAGCUGCUGACAAUGGUAGAGGUAUUUUUUUAAAUCAU